AUGUCGCGCGAAAUGCUACAAACCCCUCACGGUGCAACCAACAACGCCCGCCCUCAUGACCAAGGGGACGGCUUCCCUGUCAAACCCUUGUCCUCAGGAACCCAGGUCGGCUCCAGCACCGGCACUAGAGGAGACUCCGCUAAUGGCAGCGGCAAUGGCACUCGCUCCUUCGUCGGUCGGCAUCGUAAGAAGAUCCUUGUUGGGACUGUCGUCCUUACGCUUAGCGCGGUCGGUGUCUUAAUUGCGCUGCUUGUCAAGAGGCCUUGGAACCAUAAUGAUGAGUCGUCGUCGUCGUUCUUUGGUGGGCAUCGUGGCGGUACACAUGGAGAUGGCAAUGGGAACAAUGCAGCAGGAAACAAUAAUGGAUCCCCACCCAGGUUCGACAACAAGUCAGUGGUCCAAAUUUCGAGCUCCGUCCGAUGUAAUGCCCAUACCCCGCCCCUGGACCAGCCCUUCGAGUAUGGCAAGCAGCCCAUCCGUGGCGUUAAUCUUGGUGGAUGGCUCGUCCUAGAACCGUUCAUCACCCCCUCGAUGUUUGAACCCUACAUCUCCCAGAACGUGACGGACGAGUAUACGUUGACGAAACUGUUGGGUAAAGAAAAGGCGAAAGAGUACCUCCAGAAGCAUUACUCGACCUGGGUCACCGAAGACACGUUCAAGCGGAUUCGUGAUCUGGGGCUAAACCAUGUUCGUAUCCCUGUGGGUUUCUGGGCUUUGGGUGGGUUGACGGAGGAUGAGCCAUAUGUUCCUGACCUGUCGCUGGAUUAUCUCUUACAAGGAUUGAAAUGGGCAGCCCAGUACGGUCUCCGAGCCAUGGUCGAGAUCCACGGAGCGCCUGGAUCACAGAACGGAUGGAACCAUUCCGGAAGAAGUGGCGAGAUCCGGUGGAUGAAUGGGACCCCCGAGGGCGAGAUCAACGGCGAGCGAACGAUCGAGUACAUCAAACAGCUGACAAGACUCCUCCAAGGCCCUGGAAUGGAACAUGUGUCGCCCAUGUUUGGACUGUUGAAUGAGCCCGCGAUCUUUAUGUUGGAACGCCCACCGAUCGACAAGUGGUACAAGAAUGCGUUUAAGGAGUUUAGGAACAUUACGGGCGCUGGAAAGGGGCCUUGGGGGGUUCUGCAUGAUGGCUUCUUGGGGUUGACAGAGUGGGAGGGUUUCAUGCCCAAUUCUGACCGCCUCGCCCUUGAUGUGCACAACUACCUGAUCUUUGACCACAACCUAAUCCGUCUCAGCAGAAAUGACCAAGUAAACUUCCCCUGCGACGUCUGGUCCAAAAACAUGCAAAAAUCCACCGCCGCCUUUGGCCCUACCCUCGUCGGCGAAUUCUCCUCCGCCACCAACGAUUGCGCCACCUACCUCAACGGGAUCGGUGUCGGCUACCGUUGGGAUGGAUCCUUCCAACCCGAAGAGGACCGCAUCAAGGGCCUCCCCCUCGACGAAGCCGCCUGCCAGCCAAAGUUGCAUGGGGCAGAGGAUGGGUAUUGUUCGUGCAAGGAGCAGAACCGGAUUGGGUAUUAUACACCCGAGUAUCGAAAGUUCCUGUCAGAUUUUACGCAGACGCAGAUGGAUGCUUUUGAGCAAGGGAUGGGGUGGUUUUAUUGGAAUUUCAAGACGGAGACAAAUGCCCUUUGGUCGUACUUUGAUGGUGCUGAACAGGGCUGGAUCCCCAAGGACGCCAACAACAGACCAGGAGGAUGCCUCUCCCUCGGACGCUCCAUUGAACCCUACUCUGGUUAA